GGGGUGGGGCGAGGCCUCCGCGUGACGUCAGGACGCCGCGGUCAGAACGUCGAAGCCCAAGGAAGACAAGAACCAGCCGGGUCUCGAGCAGUUCCGUGACCGUGUCGCUGUCGCCUUGGGCUGCCGGUGACGAGUCCAGGGGGCGAACGGCUAAGACAGUGAGAAAGCAGUCUGGCUCCUGAGGCCCGUCCCUUAUGCCCCAAGGUCCAGAUGGCGGCCAACGUGGGUGAUCAACGUAGCACAGAUUGGUCUUCUCAGUACAGCAUGGUGGCUGGGGCAGGCAGAGAGAACGGCAUGGAGGCCCCCAUGCAUGAGAACCCAGAGUGGGAGAAGGCCCGCCAGGCUCUGGCCAGCAUCAGCAAAGCAGGAGCCGCCGGCAGCUCCUCCAAGGCCAGCAGCAAUGGGCCUGUGGCCAGUGCACAAUAUGUGUCGCAGGCGGAGGCCUCGGCCCUGCAGCAGCAGCAGUACUAUCAGUGGUACCAGCAAUACAACUACGCCUACCCGUAUAGCUACUACUACCCCAUGAGCAUGUACCAGAGCUACGGUUCUCCCUCCCAGUAUGGCAUGGCCAGCUCGUAUGGCUCUGCCACGCCCCAGCAGCCAUCGGCACCCCAGCACCAGGGGGCUCUGAACCAGCCCCCAGUCCCUGGCAUGGAAGAAAGCAUGUCCUACCAGGCCCCCCCUCAGCAGCUGCCGGCAGCCCAGCCCCCUCAACCCUCCAACCCCCAGCAUGGGGCUCAUACUCUGAACAGCGGCCCCCAGCCUGGAACAGUCCCAGCCACACAGCACAGCCAGGCAGGGCCUGCCUCGGGCCAAGCCUAUGGGCCACAUGCCUACUCCGAGCCUGCCAAGCCCAAGAAGGGCCAACAGCUGUGGAACCGGAUGAAGCCAGCCCCUGGGACUGGUGGUCUCAAGUUCAACAUUCAGAAGCGGCCCUUUGCUGUCACCAGCCAGAGCUUCGGCUCCACCUCGGAGGGCCAGCACAGUAGCUUCGGCCCCCAACCCAACCCUGAGAAAGCCCAGAACCACAGGGGGAGCCUGUCUGGGAAGCCGGACGAUUGGCCGCAGGACAUGAAGGAGUACGUGGAGCGCUGCUUCACAGCCUGCGAGUCGGAGGAGGACAAGGACCGGACUGAGAAGCUGCUCAAGGAGCUGCUGCAGGCCCGGCUACAGGACGGUUCGGCCUACACCAUUGACUGGAGCCGGGAGCCCCUGCCAGGGCUGACUCGGGAGCCUGGGGCUGAGAGCCCCAAGAAGAAGCGGUGGGAGGCCCCUAGCAGCCUUCAUCCUCCCAGGGGGGCAGGCUCAGCGACCAGGGGCGGGGGUGCCCAGUCCCAGCGAGGGACACCAGGGGCUGGGGGUGCUGGCCGAGCCCGGGGCAGCAGCUUCGCCAAGUUUGGCAACCGCAAUGUCUUCAUGAAGGACAACAGCUCUUCCUCCAGCACGGACUCCCGCUCCCGUUCCUCCUCCCGGUCCCCUACCCGCCACUUCCGCCGCAGUGACUCCCACUCGGAUUCUGACAGUUCUUACUCAGGGAAUGAAUGUCACCCUGUGGGUCGCAGGAACCCACCCCCUAAGGGCCGAGGAGGUCGGGGGGCCCACAUGGAUCGGGGCCGAGGCAGGGCACAGCGUGGGAAGAGGCAUGAUCUUGCUCCCACCAAGCGCAGCCGCAAAAAGAUGGCCGCGCUAGAGUGCGAGGACCCUGAGCGUGAGCUGAAGAAGCAGAAGCGGGCGGCCCGCUUCCAGCAUGGACAUUCGCGCCGCCUGCGCCUCGAGCCCCUGGUGCUGCAGAUGGGCAGCCUGGAGAGCAGUGGUGCUGACCCGGACUGGCAGGAGCUUCAGAUCGUGGGCACCUGCCCUGACAUCACCAAGCACUACCUGCGUCUCACCUGUGCCCCCGACCCAUCCACUGUGCGCCCUGUGGCAGUUUUGAAAAAGUCUCUGUGCAUGGUCAAGUCCCACUGGAAAGAGAAGCAAGACUACGCCUUUGCCUGCGAGCAGAUGAAGUCUAUUCGGCAGGACCUGACGGUGCAAGGGGUGCGGACAGAGUUCACGGUGGAGGUGUACGAGACGCAUGCCCGCAUCGCCUUGGAGAAGGGCGACCAUGAGGAGUUUAACCAGUGCCAGACGCAGCUCAAGUCGCUGUACGCAGAGAACCUGCCAGGCAACGUGGGCGAGUUCACUGCCUACCGCAUCCUCUACUACAUCUUCACCAAGAAUUCAGGAGACAUCACCACGGAGCUGGCGUAUCUGACUCGGGAACUGAAGGCAGACCCUUGUGUGGCUCAUGCCUUGGCACUGAGGGCGGCCUGGGCUCUGGGCAACUACCACCGCUUCUUCCGGCUCUACUGUCACGCGCCCUGCAUGUCUGGGUACCUGGUGGACAAGUUUGCAGACCGGGAGCGCAAAGCUGCCCUCAAGGCAAUGAUCAAAACGUAUGUGAAGCUGGGUUCUCCCCUGCCCCCUCUGCUCUGCCAGCCCUGCCGCCGCCUUCCUCCUCCCCCUCUCGUUUUGCACACUUCUGGGCUGUCAGGCCUCCAGCUCCUGUGCCCUGGACACUGGUCCCUUCUCUCUGUCUCUUCUUUCUAUGCGUACCCUGCUCCCCAGCUCCUCCUGCUUCUCUUCCCACAGUUGGCUCUCUGUCUCCUGGGCCCGCCUCUGCAUCUUCUUUUUUCCCCAUUCUGUCUCGUGGCUCCAGGGUUCCCUCUCCACCUGAGUCUGUCUCUCUCUUGCUCACAUCACCCUGGACCUUGGUUUCUUUUCUUGCUCUGGGCUCUUGGGUUUCCUCGCUUUGAGGUCUUUGUUCACUUUUCAAGGCUUUUGCUGAUGCUGAGCUCCCACUCGGUAGAGACAAACUAGAGAAGAUAGCUGUUCUCUUGGUAGCUUCUGAUCUAAUGGGACCCCAACACCCCGUUCAGACUUGAGCUCCUUCAAGGGUGCAGAAAACGUGUAGGGAGACGGGUGAUGCGGGGGCAUGUCAGAUCAUGGACUGUUUGUAGGUCAGAAGAGCAAGUUCUCGGUACGUUAGGUGUCCUGUAUCAAGCGCGUGCUUGUGUGUGUGUGCGCGCAUGGUGGGGAUCCUGUGGUUCUCAGGGCAGUGAGAUUCGCUCAGGUGACACAGCUAGGUGUUGCUACUGGUGCCUAGUGGGUGGAGGCCAGGGACGCUGCUUAGCCUCCCAUAGGGCCCAGGACACCCCACAACAGAGAACCACCUGGUCCCACUCUCCAUCUCACCAAGGGCCUUGCCGAGGUACAAGGGGCCACAUCAGUUAGCUCAGGAGCCACAGGCAUGGUGUGGAAUUGGAGAGGGACAGUACCCUGAAGUUAGGAGAUGCACACACUCCAGGGUCUGGUUUUGGUCUGAAGAUUUAAGGCAGAGCCUGAGCUAGGGCAGGGGCCGUAGAAGUAGACAAGGACGUGAGACAGAAACAUGAAGACAGCAGCAUACACAGGACCUGGUUACCUACCCAGGAAUGACAGGGAGGUGGUGUGUCUCAAGGCCCUGUGGGUCUGCCUUCUGCGGUGGAACAGCAGCUGCCAGGGGUGUCGUGUGCGCGGGUCACUGUUCUGGCUAGUUUACAUGUGCUGCGUCUUGGUUGGGACCAUAGCUGUGAAGGUUCCUUAUAGGAGGGGCCUUAGCCUAGACUGGCCACCUGCUCUCAUCCCCUUCCUCCCAGAGCCCCAGACCAGGUCCCUGCAGUGUGGCAAGAAUGCCAGCUCAGUUGUGGGGAGAAAUAGGCUCUCUUGUGUGUGUCCCCCUCCCCCUCCCCCCGUAAAUCCCAGAGCCAUGAUGUGGCACGGACUUGAGGCAGGACUGGUUCAGGUCUUUUUUACUGUGUCUUUCCUGUGUGAUGCUGGCAGGGUGGCUCUGCCUUUGGAGCUACAUAGAGUUUGCUCAGCGCCUGUUUCUAAAGGGUAGGGUGAUACAGUUUUGGGGAGAGAAUUCAGCAAGUUCACAGCUAUUUUCUGGUAUGCGCCAUCUUGUUGGCACCUGCAUGUGACGUCACCAGCCAAUUACAUACGUGUUGGCUGACCCUGUGCCUGGCAUUCCCAAGGCACUGUGACCCAGGCAGGGCAGAUAGCCAGGGCGGAUACCCCAGAGUAGCUAGCUAUCAGACCUGCCAACCCAUGCCCAUCCCCUCGGGUCACCCCCUCUUCCUGCCCCCCUGCCCUUGGGCCACGGUGGGCCCUCUUCUGAGGGACUGCUCAGGCCCUUGAGCAGUGGAGGAGCCAGCUGGGCCCUUCCCUCCUAUCCCCUCUCCUUGGUCCCCAUGUACAGGUAAGUGAGGGUGAAGGGGGGCACAGCCGGGGCUGGGGCCACCAGCCCCACCCCGGGCCCCCCCAAGCCCCUGGAGGUGGGGAGGUUGGGUGGGGAGGGGUGAGAGGUCAGCAGGUAAUGUGCUGAGGAAACCCUUUGGGUGCCUGAAGGGGGGGCGCCCACUCCCUGCUUGUGGGGCCCUCCCCUGCCCACCGCCCGCCUCAUCACAUUCUCCUCUUGUCUCCGUAGCUUCCGCCCUGCGCUGCCAGUCUCCUUCCUGCAGGCCGAGCUGGCCUUCGAGGGCGAGGCCGCCUGCCGGGCCUUCCUAGAGCCUCUGGGCCUGGCAUACACGGGCCCGGACAACGCCAGCAUCGACUGCCGCCUCAGCCUGGC